UGACAAGAGAGACUCCAUCAGUGUUCGUCACCUCAGUGGAUCGGACACGUUUGAUUUCUCUGUCAGAGGCUGCAGGAGAGUCAGACACUCAAGAUGACGCACCAGUUCCCCACGCUGUCCGAGGCGCAGAAGAGAGAGCUGCAUGAGACUGCUCUACGAAUAGUUUCUCCAGGGAAGGGCAUCCUGGCCGCAGAUGAGUCUGUAGGCAGCAUGGCCAAGCGGCUGGCCCAGGUGGGAGUGGAGAACACGGAGCAGAACCGCAGACAGUACCGGCAGAUUCUCUUCAGUGCGGACGAUCGCAUCAGCAGCUGCAUUGGCGGAAUCAUCUUCUUCCACGAGACGCUGUACCAGCACUUUGACAACGGGGUCCCCUUCGUCAAGAUGAUCCGGGACAGGGGGAUCCUGGUCGGUGUCAAGGUUGACAAGGGCGUCGUCCCCCUGGCAGGAACUUCUGGAGAAACCACUGCACAGGGUCUGGAUGGUUUGGCGGAGCGCUGUGCACAGUAUAAGAAGGAUGGCGCCCUCUUUGCAAAGUGGCGCUGCGUGCUGAAGAUCAGUGACACCAAUCCAUCCAAACUGGCCAUCACCGAAAACGCAAACGUUCUUGCACGCUACUCUAGCAUCUGCCAGCAGCAUGGCAUUGUGCCCAUCAUCGAGCCGGAGAUCCUGCCUGACGGAGAUCAUGACCUGAAGCGCUGCCAGUUCGUCACUGAGAAGGUCCUGGCUGCCGUGUACAAAGCCAUGUCGGAACACCACGUGUACCUGGAGGGCACCCUCCUCAAACCCAACAUGGUGACGCCCGGACACAGCUGUUCCACCAAGUACAGCCCGGAGGAGGUGGCUAUGUCGACCCUGACCGCCUUGCGCCGCACCGUUCCCCCGGCGGUCACAGGAGUGGCUUUUCUCUCGGGCGGUCAGACGGAAGAGGAGGCCUCGGUCCACCUCAACGCCAUCAACAACUGCCCCCUGGCCAAACCCUGGAUCCUGACCUUCUCCUUUGGCCGAGCCCUGCAGGCGUCCGCCCUCCGAGCCUGGAGAGGCCACAAGGAGAACGAGAAGGCCGCCACUGAGCAGUUCAUCAAGAGAGCAGAGGUGAACAGCCUGGCAUGUCAGGGGAAGUACACAGCAGGUGGAGAAAACUGUGGUGAAGAUCACCAGCUGAUUUAUGGAUCCUGUUAUGCAUACUAAACAAUAAGAGAAGCCAUGUUUACAUGAGCAGUGUGCUCUUCCAUUGUCGUAAGGUGUUGUAAUGUAGCUUCUAGAUAUAUUUCCCAUGUUACAUGAAAACCAGUGACAGCAGAUUGUCUUGCCUUGACAAAAGAGGACAUCAGAACAUGGCCGUGGAUAUUUCAAAGAAGUGAAUGAAAGAUAGUUGUUAUGGAUGGACUUGUGCCAUAACUAAAGCUUUAUAGUCCUGCAUUAAAUACUUAUCACUAUUACUAACUGGCCACGUCCUGUUGGUUAAUUUAAAUAAGCCUGCAGAACAAUAUUAGUUUGUAUCACAGCUAAAUUAGAUAACAGCUGACUUUCUGAUGUAGAAACCUCCAUAUGGUACUUGAUGGUUUAUUCAAUCUGUGAAAAGCUUCUGUAAGUAAAUGUGGAUUUUUUUCUUGAUCCUUUUGACUUUUCCCUGAGCCGUGACCAUGCACUCUUAGAAAUACUGCACCAGAAUUAGCUUCAGGCUCAUUUCCAUCUGGAAGUCCUUGGCAAAACAUAGGCUACACUCAGCAGAGCAAUACAAUACAUUUCUGAUUAUUGUGUGUUUCAUUCUAAAGAAUAUUCUGUGUCCCAAAGUCUAAAUGAAGUAGUUGAAAUGAAUGUAUUCAAACAAUAAAUCAGUGUUCUGGCAAAGUCUGAUGUGGAUAUUGUGUUUUGUGCUUUGGGCAAUGU